AUGAAACUCUUGAGUUGGAACUGCAGGGGUUUGGGGCAUCCUCGGGCAGUUCGAGCCUUGUCAAGGCUCAUCAAACUUGAAAACCCCUUUGUGGUCUUCUUGAUGGAGACUAAACUGAAGGUUGAUGAAAUGGGAAAAAUAUAUUUUAAGCUUGGCUACAAGUUUUCGCAGGUUGUGGAUUGUAGAGGGAGUGGUAGAGAUAGGGCUGGGGGCUUGUGUCUUCUUUGGAAAGAUCCGGUGGUUAUUCAGAUUCAGUCGUUCUCUCAUAAUCAUAUUUGGGGUUUUUGUGAGUCGGAGGAUGAAGAAGGCCCUUGGUCCUUCACGGGCUUCUAUGGUUUUCCGGAGGAGAUGCGCAAACGUGAUUCGUGGUUAUUGGUUGAAGAUCUUUCAAGGAAUCUGGGUGGGAAAUUGCUGAUUUUUGGAGACUUUAAUGACACGGUUCAAGAGAAUGAAAAGCGGGGUGGUAAUUGCAGAACGUCUUCUCAACUUUCGUGGGGCAGGCAAACUUUGGAGAAUUGCAGACUUAUGGAUGUUGGUUUCUCUGGCUACCCUUUUACGUGGACAAAUGAGAGAAGGGGUUUGGACAAUAUUCAGUGCAGAUUGGACAGAGUCCUUGCUAAUAACGCCUUCUUGGAGUCCUUUCCUCUUACUAAGGUCUUUCACCUUCCCAGGUUUGGUUCGGACCAUGCUGUCCUAAGGAUUGUAGUAGAGAAGGAGAGUUUCGCGGAACGUUGCUACAGGAAUAUAGCAAAAGAGCUCAAGCGUAUUGAAGAGUUGCUUCAAGAAGAAAGAAGGUGGUCUGAGGAUCCUAGAGAGAUGGACAAUUACAAAGCCCUUGAAGCUCAAAGAAACAAGCUCCUGAUUUUAGAAGAGACCAUGUGGAGGCAACGGAGUCGAGCGGUGUGGCUCAAAGGGGGAGAUAGAAACACAAAGUUCUUCCAUUACAAGGCUAAUCAACGGAGGCAAACUAAUAGGAUUAAGAAACUCAUGGAUGCAAGAGGUAAAUGGUGGAGUGGCCCGGUGCACUGUGAAAGGAUCCUGCUUGAAUAUUUUGGAGGAAUUUUCUCUUCCUCUGAUCCCUCAAAUAUUCUUGAAACGUGCGGUAAUUGUCAAGGUAAACUUUCUGAGGAUCAAAAAGCUUGGUGUGAUCUGGUCUUCACUGCUGAAGAAGUUAAGAGGGCCGUUUUCCAAAUGCAUCCUAACAAAGCCCCUGGUCCUGACGGAUUACCGGCUGUGUUCUUUCAAAGAUUUUGGAACAUUGUUGGCUGUGAAGUCACUAAUGCUGUCCUGGGUAUUCUCAACAACGAUCAAGACCCCACUUUGAUUAAUUCGACCUUCAUCGCUCUUAUUCCGAAGAUUAAACAUCCUAGGCUCCCUCAGGAUUUCCGUCCUAUUAGUCUCUGCAAUGUCGUGAUGAAAAUAGUCACGAAAGUUAUUGCUAAUCGCUUGAAGGAGCUGCUGCCUGGAAUUGUCAGUGAGGAGCAAAGUGCUUUCGUCAAAGGCCGGUUGAUUACUGACAACGCUCUUAUUGCCAUGGAUUGCUUCCAUUGGAUGAAGAACAAAAAAUCUGGAAAAAAAGGGGUUAUGGCGUUGAAGCUGGAUAUGUCCAAGGCCUAUGAUCGUAUCGAGUGGGACUUCGUGGUUGGGACCCUAGAAGCUUUUAAUUUCCCUACGGGGCUGAUUCAGAUUAUCAAGCGUUGCAUCUCCUCUGUGUCUUACCAGAUCCUUGUUAAUGGCCAUCCGAGUAGGAAGUUCACUCCGGCAAGGGGUCUCCGUCAAGGGGAUCCGUUGUCACCGUAUUUGGUUAUCCUUUGUGCUGACAUUUUUUCAGGUAUGAUACAUAAAGCUGCUACCUCAAAGGACCUCCAUGGUAUUCAGGUGGCAAGGAAAGCUCCGGUUAUUUCCCACUUGUUUUUUGCGGACGACAGCCUUCUCUUUUCUAGAGCCAGUGAGGAGGAAGCGGACAGAAUUCUCCAACUUCUCCAAACCUAUCAACAAGCUUCAGGGCAGGUUGUCAAUUUCGAAAAGUCUGAAGUUUCUUUCAGUAGCAACGUCAACGAAGCGGCUAGGGAGGUUAUCCGUAGGAAGCUGGGAUUCAAAGCCGUGGACAGCCAUACGAGGUACUUGGGGCUCCCGGUAGUUUUUGGUCGAUCUAAAAAAGUUGUGUUCUCUUUGGUUGUGGAGAAAGUGUGGAAAAAGGUUAAGGGGUGGAAAGAAGGUUUUUUGUCCAAGGCAGGGAAGGAAGUUCUUAUCAAGGCUGUGGCACAAGCGAUUCCGACUUUCAUUAUGAGUUGUUAUAAACUCCCUGAUUGUGUCUGUGAUGAGAUUGAAGCAAUGAUAUCCAGGUUUUGGUGGGGAGCUAAAGAAGGUGAGAGGAAAAUUCACUGGAUGAGUUGGGACAAGAUGGCUCGAUCAAAAAGUGACGACGGUAUGGGUUUUCGUGGCUUCAGGGAUUUUAAUACCAGCCUCUUGAGUAAACAAUUCUGGCGUCUUUGGCAGGGAGAUGGAUCUCUAGUGGAGCGGUUUUUCAAAGGAAGGUAUUAUCCUCGUAGUUCUAUUGCGGAAGCAGGCUUGGGUUACAAACCAAGCUACGCCUGGAGGAGUAUCUAUAGCUCUAGAGAUGCCGUUUUGAGGGGUCUUAGAUGGCGCAUAGGGAACGGAGAGCGGGUGAAGGUUUGGACCGAUAAUUGGAUUCCUACUUUACCAAGUUUCAAGCCCCUUAGUCCUUUGGUUCCGCUAAACAAUGAGAUGAUGGUCAGUUCCCUUAUCGAUAGUGACCUUUGCUGUUGGAAGAUGGACUCCUUGAAAGAGUUGUUUGGAGAGAGUGAUGUUGCUCAUAUUGCCUCUAUUCCCAUCUCUAGGGUGGUGUUGGAAGAUAAGCUAGUGUGGAACGCUGAGAAACACGGAGAUUUCUCGGUCAAAACGUCGUAUCACCUCCUGGGAAAUGCCAGACGGAGCAACAGCCCUGGACCUUCAGCUCGUGAUGAAGAUGGCUUUUGGAAGUUGCUUUGGAAAACGCCUAUUGGGAAUAAAAUUAAGGAAUUUUUGUGGAGGUUGGUCAAAAACAUCUUACCGUUACGGACGAACGUUUGCAAGAAAGGUAUCUCUCUAGACCCCUCUUGCCCUCUUUGUUUUGAAGAGGCUGAAUCGGCUGCUCACCUUUUCCUGCGUUGUGAUUUUAUUAAAAGAAUGCUCUUCGCGCCCCCGUUGGGAAUAAGGAUCCCGCCUGUUGAUGAUGUUAUGGUUUGGUUGUUGAGGACUUUUAGGUACAAGGACACCAGGUUGUGCCAAGUGCUUUGUAUUGGUCUGUGGAAGGUUUGGAAAGCCAGGAAUGAUGCCGUCUUCAACAAGGUUCGGCCUUGUUCUAUGCUUGUUGCCAAAGAUGUGUGGCUCUCUGUAACUGAGUUUGAUUGCAGCAGGUCUGUUACUAUGGAUCGUCUAAUGCCGGCGCUGGUUGAAAAUUCGUAUGGUAAUGCGUGGAUUAUCCAAACAGAUGCAGGCUGUUUUGAGGGAGGGACAGUUGCUCUUGGUUGUGUCAUUAAGUCUGCCAAGCAUGGCAUUUUGCUUGCUGCGACUCAGAGGUUUCCCAGUUUCGUCAAUCCGGAUGCUGCUGAAGCGCUUGGAAUUCGGUGGGGAAUGCAGCUAGCUAAUGAUUUCAACCUCGAGGAAGUGAUGUUCCAGUCGGAUGCGCUUGGGGUGGUUGACUGCGUUAAUGGAGUGUGCUCCUUGCCGGAUAUUGAGCCCAUUGUCUUAGAUUGUUGUUUGCUUUGUAAUCAUUUUAAGUUUUCUUCUGUCAUGUUCAUUGGUAGAGAGUCUAAUACUGAUGCUCAUAAUAUGGUGGGCAUUGGGAAGUUGGUUGGAUCUCGCACGUGGUUAGGUGUUAUCCCUCUGAUUGAGAAGAUUCGUGUAUCUUUGGCCAAUUCGGUCCUUUCUUAA